UAGGUUCUCUCUUGUCACGUUUCUCUUUAUAUAUCCUCCAACGCCAUUCCUUCCAUCAAUAAUAACACACUACCAACGAAAUUGCGAAUCGUUUCAAGGCCUGCUUCAUCCGGUCAAAAUUCUAUGGAUAGCAAACCAUCUCUUGCUAAGGUUGCUCCUCUGGAAGCAGUGCUGUUUGACGUUGAUGGAACUCUCUGUGAUUCAGACCCUUUCCACCACGAAGCCUUCCGUAUAAUGCUUCAAGAGAUUGGUUUCAAAGGUGGGGUUCCAAUUUCUGACGAAUUUUUUAUUGAGAAUAUUGCCGGCAAGCAUAAUGAUGAUGUUGCCAAGGCUCUCUUUCCUGAUGAUCUGCCAAGGGGCCUAAAGUUCUGCCAAGAAAAAGAAGAAAUGUAUAUAAGAUUGGCCUUCGAAAAAUUGAAGGCUCUAGAUGGUCUGUAUAAAGUGAAGAAAUGGAUUGAAGAUCGUGGGUUGAAACGGGCUGCUGUUACAAAUGCUCCAAGACCCAAUGCUGAAUUCAUGAUCUCGCAAGUUGGCCUUGCAGAUUUUUUUGAUGCCGUCAUUAUUGGGGGUGAAUGUGAGCAUUUCAAACCACACCCAGCUCCCUACUUGAAGGCUCUUGAAGUACUCAAAGUGUCAAAGGAUCACACAAUUAUAUUUGAGGAUUCUGUUUCAGGAAUCAAAGCCGGAGUGGCGGCGGAGAUGCCGGUUGUAGGUAUAAGUACAAGAAACCCAGAGCAGCUUCUGAUGGAAGCUAAGCCUACAUUUCUUAUAAAGGAUUAUGAAGAUCCAAAACUGUGGGCAGCUUUGGAAGAGCUCGAUAAACUGAAGGCUUAAAAGUAUUGACAUAUUAGGACGCGGGCAGAAUUCUUUAAUUUUUUAUUAUCAAACUCACAGGGUUUACUUAGAAUAGAAUUGAAUAAUGCUGUCAAUGCCCACUUUGUCCUACGCAUACCCAAAUUUACUACUUAUGAUAUCUAUAGUAUAAGUAGCGGAUUAGAAACAUACUCAAAUUUAUCCUCAAACUGCCGCAAUUGCGGUGUUUUUGUCUGGAAUUAAAUUGUAUAUUGAUUUGUCAAAGAAAUAUUUCCAUGAA